CUCUUUAAAAAAAGUGUAAAUUAAAAAAUUUCAAUAUUUAACGCAUAUUUCAAAGAGCCGCCGCCGUUGUUUUGCUUUUGAAAUAAAAAAAAAAAAAGUAAUUACUAACUAUUUCUUUUGUGUUGUGCAUGCGCGCUUAUGUGGCAAAUCGUAACCAAAUGCGAAAUCUGGCGUGAAACAUAAAAUACUCUGGUACUCGUAGCUGUGUCUGCAAUCCUUUGACGUGUUUUCGAAACUUAUACAUACCGAUCCAUAUAUAUACGUGCUAUGCAAUAAUAUUUGCUUUGCAAAUAUAAAUCUGUGCAAUAUAAAACGUGUCGAAAGCAAGUAAAAACAAAAAACAAAUAAAAAACGGGCAGUCCCUACCAUUUGGGAAAGAAAUAAAUAACUGAAAAUAAGUGCUGCAUCCUUGCAAAAGAAGCCAUUACGAAGCAAAUAUUUAGCCAGAAAAAUAACUAACUAAAAUUCCUUGAAUAUUGUAUUCAAACAACUAACAGUGCUUAAAAAUAUCAGAAAAAAGUGAUUUGAAAUUUUUUGAAAAAAAUUUUCAACUUACUUCAAAUUUGUGGAAGCUGUAUAAUUUCGAAAAAUUUUGAAUAUUAAAAACCCCCAUAUUGCUGGAUAUUUAUUAUAUUUGGAUACAACUAGCGGUCGUGCAUUUUGACAAAAAAGUGCGAAAAGAGCUUUUACGUUGCAAGAGGACUGGAUUAAAGUACUACCAUCGUCGCUGAUCAGCUGCACCAAAUAAGGCUCAUUGGCCGCACAAAGGUGUUUUUUAAACAAAUUCCCCUACCAAAAGUCACAGCAGCAUUGUGACAGUUUUCUUUUCAACAAAUACAACAAAGAUGCGAUUGCUACACCGUCAAAAUCAUCCCAUUAUGUCCGGCUGGACGGCGUCGUCGACGACCGCCAACAUUCGCUUUGCACUUUUUCUCUGCCUAGCCGUCGCCUUGCUGCCCAGCCCUGGCGCGGCGCGCAUGGCAUUCGAAAAGCUUACAGACUAUGAUUUCGCCGGCACCACAUACUACAGCGUCAAGAAUCUGUCGCUGUACGAGUGUCAGGGCUGGUGUCGCGAGGAGGCCGAUUGUCAGGCGGCUGCUUUCAGUUUUGUCGUCAAUCCUUUAUCACCAUCACAGGAGACACACUGUCAGCUGCAGAACGAUUCGUCGGCACACAAUCCAUCUGCGGCGCCGCAACGCUCCGCCAAUAUGUACUACAUGGUGAAAUUGCAAUUGCGCAGCGAGAAUGUCUGUCAUCGGCCGUGGGCGUUCGAACGUGUACCAAACAAGAUUAUACGCGGUUUAGAUAAUGCGCUCAUUUAUACUAGCACAAAGGAGGCCUGCUUAUCGGCGUGUCUGAAUGAGAAACGUUUCGUGUGUCGUUCGGUCGAAUAUGAUUACAAUAAUAUGAAAUGUGUGUUGAGCGAUUCUGAUCGACGCAGCUCCGGACAAUUUGUGCAGCUGGUCGAUGCACAAGGCACCGAUUACUUUGAGAAUUUGUGUUUGAAACCAGCGCAAGCGUGUAAGAAUAAUCGUUCAUUUGCCGUCGCGCGUGUGGGUGUGUCCGAAGAGAAGGUGGCUCAAUAUGUUGGUUUGCAUUACUACACCGACAAAGAAUUGCAAGUGACUUCGGAGUCGGCAUGUCGUUUGGCUUGUGAAAUCGAAACGGAAUUCUUGUGUCGCUCUUUCUUGUAUCUUGGUCAGCCACAGGGUUCACAAUACAACUGCCGUUUGUUCCACUUAGAUCACAAGACACUGCCUGAUGGUCCCUCAACUUAUUUAAAUCAUGAGCGCCCACUGAUCGACCAUGGCGAACCCAUUGGACAGUACUUUGAGAAUGCUUGCGAAAAGACGACCUCGCCACCGGGCGCUUUGGAUAAAUUGGAUACACUGCCUGUAAGCCUGGAUACCACCGAAGAUCCCAACUUGACUAAUAUUACAAGGAAUGACGUGAAUUGCGACAAGACUGGCACCUGCUAUGAUGUUUCCGUUCACUGCAAAGACACCCGCAUCGCCGUUCAAGUGCGCACCAACAAACCAUUCAAUGGCCGCAUCUAUGCCUUGGGACGUUCCGAGACAUGCAACAUUGAUGUCAUCAACUCGGAUGCAUUCCGAUUGGAUCUAACCAUGGCUGGACAAGAUUGUAAUACGCAAAGUGUAACUGGUGUCUAUUCCAACACAGUCGUUCUCCAGCAUCACAGCGUUGUUAUGACCAAAGCCGAUAAAAUUUACAAAGUUAAGUGCACAUACGAUAUGAGCUCGAAGAACAUCACAUUCGGCAUGAUGCCAAUACGUGAUCCCGAAAUGAUACACAUCAACUCAUCGCCUGAAGCUCCACCACCAAGAAUUCGCAUACUCGAUACGCGCCAACGUGAAGUGGAGACUGUACGCAUCGGUGAUCGUCUCAACUUCCGCAUCGAAAUACCAGAAGACACUCCCUAUGGUAUCUUUGCACGUUCCUGCGUCGCCAUGGCUAAGGAUGCGCGCACCAGCUUCAAGAUCAUCGAUGACGAUGGCUGUCCCACCGAUCCGACAAUCUUCCCCGGCUUCACCGCUGACGGCAAUGCACUGCAAUCGACCUAUGAGGCUUUCCGUUUCACCGAAAGUUACGGUGUCAUCUUCCAGUGUAAUGUCAAAUACUGUCUGGGACCAUGCGAGCCAGCUGUGUGCGAAUGGAAUAUGGAGUCAUUUGAAUCGCUGGGCAGGAGACGUCGUCGUAGCGCUGUGGAGAGCAAUGAAACUAAGGAAGCCGAUGAUGAUAUGAACAUUUCGCAAGAGAUUCUAGUCUUGGACUUUGGCGAUGAGAAACGUGAAUUCUUCAAGGCUGAUCCGAGCGCAGACUUUGCCAAAGAUAAGACUGUGACCAUCAUUGAGCCCUGCCCCACGAAGACCUCCGUGUUGGCGCUGGCCGUCACUUGUGCGCUUAUGAUUUUACUCUAUAUUUCGACGUUGUUCUGUUAUUAUAUGAAAAAAUGGAUGCAACCUCAUAAAAUUGUAGCAUAAAAAUAAGUAUCACACGUACAUACACACUCACACACAUUCUUAUACUAAAUCCAUACACGUAAAAAAUCUAAAGUAAACAAGAAAAAUCGCGUGGAACAAAGGGGUAAUUGGACUAAAACAGAAAACUCAUUUAAUUUAUGGAGUUUAACAAAAAAAAACUAACUAGAAAUGGAUAUUUGAAAAAACUCUUGCGAAAAUAGUUUUGCAAAGACAUUUUAAAGCAAAAACAAAUAAUAUUUUAAAAGCAGGAAAACUAGUAAUUUAAGUAUAAAUUUAAAAAUAAUAAGAAAGAAUAAUGCAUUUCAUAAUAUUAAGCUUAGAAGAGUCUAAAAAAAUGCUGAAAAGCUGAUUCCCCCAAUCGGUGGUAGAGAGAGUUUAAAAGUUGAAAAAAAACAUUGCAUUUUUCUGUUGGGGUAGAACCAGUCUAUUGGCGUGCAAGGAAUUAUGCAAUAAUAAGUAAUGAAAUACUACCAAUUUAGUUUUAGUUUAAUCAUAUGAAAGUUCAUACGCAAUGAAAGCUCAGUGGAAUAGAGCUUUUACUUGAAAUGUUAGUCUUAAAUUUAAAAUGUAUUUUCUACGAGUAUUCAACUACGCACACCACUUGUUCUAAAAAAUAUGUAUUAACUACUAAAAUUGUGGAGCCAAGCUUAUGUGUGCUUUUGAAGCUUUCAGAAGUUGUAUAAAAAAUUAUAUCUAUUGCAAAAAUUUUAUUUUUUAACUAUUAAGAGCUUAAGUAUUUGCCACAUUAAAGAGCUGUUUGAGAAAUUUUAAAACUUGAAGAAGCUUCUGAAAACGGUAAUGAGAGUUUUCGGCAAUUGAAGUUGCUCAACUGAAUUAGUGUUAAACAAAACUUUCUAUUAGCCAAGGAAACAGCUGAAGACAGCAGUGUGGCAUGCAAGUGUCGAAAAAGCGCAUUUAAAAGCUACUUUCAGGGCUUUUUAAGGCAUUUAGAACGCAGCAAGUCAUUACAAAGCCAGCAAUCGCACAGUGACAAUGAAUCAGGAGCAGAAGAGCGCAAAAGGCACAGCACAAGUAACCUUUGAAAGUUAGAAGAAAGCGAGCUUUAGUCAGCCUAUAUCACAUAAACGAUAGAAGUAUUUAGAAGUAGAAAAAUUUUAGGAUUUCUUACGGUAAGAGCACAAAAAACUUUUCAUAAAAGUGCUUACGAAGAAAUCAAUUUUUACCAAUUUCCGCAAAUACCGCUAAACUGCCAUUUUUCCUUAGCUUAAACGCAAAUGCGUGUAAAAGCUUUUAGCGAAUGAAAGAAAAAUCUGCAGGCAAAAAUCCUUAAAUUAGAUGCAGUUCAAAUAUGUCGAGGCAGAAAUAUACAUAAGGAACUGAAGGAACUCAUAUGUAUUUAUUGGUAAAUUACAAGCUCAUGCUUGAUAGGUGCACCUUUUCUUACAACCAACUCGCUUAUGGAAAAUCGUGUUUUGCAGUUAAUAUAAAAACUUUUUAAAUCACAAUUGUUUGCUGUGAAUGCUACUUUAAAAGCUGUUAGCAGAAGCCACAUACUCUAUUGAAGUGAAAGUUCUAGUGAAAGCUCCGAUGAAAGCUCUUAUUUCAUUAUCACAUAUUCGGUUUUAGUAAAAUCUCUGCCAAAUUCUGUUGAUCCGUUAUAGUGAAAGCUCUGACGAAAGCUCUGGUGAAAGCUUUCAUGCACUUUCUUUAAUUUCGCGCUUUUUAUUACAAAGGCAUGCAUCUCAGCUCUUGGCUCUUUCACACACAUUUUAGCAAUAUUUUUUUUUAUUUAUUUAUUACUAACACACACUCUUCUUUACUUUUAAAAAAUUUAAGUAUUUAUCUUAAACUCGACUAUUUAGCAAACCAGGCACACUUUCUAUGAGGUUCCGAAAUACGCACAUUGUUUGCGGCUUAUAUUGUCUCGGACAUGAAUUUCGGAAUCUACUUAUAGAGAUUGAGCUUCAACUAAAACAAAAAAAAAAUGUUUAAAUAUUUAAUUUUAAAUAUUUAUGCAGGC